ACGGGACGGGGGCGGUCCCGGGACCGCCCGGCGGCGCGAGGCGCUUCCUGCCGCGGCCGCGGGUUCGGCUCCGCGGCCCGGCCCCGGUACCGGAGCGGAUCGGAGGGGCCCCGGCCCGGCCCGGUGCGGCGGAGGGGCCGCGCCAUGCCGAGCCGCCCCCCGCCCCGCACCGCCUGAGCGGGGCCCGCGCCGCCGCCUGCCAGAAAUGGAAACAAACAACCAUUUUAACUUCACUGGCCUUUCCUCUGCACCCGCUGCCUCAGGACCGAAACCCACGCCUGCCUCAGGGGACUCCCCCUUCACCCACAGCUCCCCGCUCAGCUUCCCCCCUCAAGGGAAAAGUCUGAACGGGGGCAUGAAUGUCAAUGGCUUCUCUACUGUAUCACACCCCGGUACUUCAGGGACGUUCUCGCCCGGCUCCGCGCCCGCCGGGGCUCAGCCCCUCCGCGCCUACGACUGCCUGUGGGACUACGCGCCCUACGCGCCCGCCGGCGGCCUCAAGGACGGGGGUCCGCCCGCCCUCGGACAGUUCCCCCUCAACGGCGUGGCCGGAGGGUCCCGGCCGGCGUCACCGGGGCACGGCACCAACCUGCGGGCGGCCGGGCAGGAGUUCUGGGGCAACGGCACCGCCGGGCCCAUGGGGCUGAACUUCGACUCGCAGGAGCUCUACGACUCCUUCCACGACCAGAGCUUCGAGCUGAUGCAGAACGGGCCCGACGGCUUCUACGCGGCGGGUCAGUCCUCGCCCAUCCUGAGCUCGGACGCGCAGCCCUUCCCACUGGCUCCGGACGAGCCGGACCCCGGCCAGGGAGACGCUGACGGCGCAGCCAAAGAGAUGCCCAGCACCACCACCACCACCACCACCACCACCACCAUCACGGAGAACGGGGGUGGGCUGGUGGGCAGCCAGGAGCUGGAGGAGGCACAGCCAGACCUGAAGAUCUGCAGCUACAACGGGGCUGCAGCCGCUGGCACGGGGUCGCUGGGGCCGGAGGGUCCCGUCCUGGCGCCCAGGGACAGCGGGUGCCUUGGGGACGCGUCGCCCAUCGCCCCGCGGCUGGAGGACACCCACAUCCUCAGCGAGGACCCCCUGGAGCCCUUCGAGUCCCUGGCCAGAGACCCCGGCACCGGCGAUCUGUACGCGAUGGACGACUCGCAGCUGGUGAGCGACAAGUCCUCCCUGGAGGAGCCCCCCGACCUGGCCGCCAGCCCCCCACUGCACGCCGGCCCCUUCAGCCUGCUGCCCGCCAGCCCCUCGCCCGCCCCGCUGCUCGGUGGCCCCGGCUCGCCGCCCGCCCUGCCCGGCGACAACGCCGAGCCGAGCAGCGGCGACCACGCGGGGCUGCGGGAGUCGGGGUCCCUGCAGCUCGACCCUCCGCUGGAGCCCGAGUCUCCCGCCCCGUCUGCGGAGGACGAGGAGGAGGAGGAGGAGGAAGAAGAGGAGGAGGAGGAGGAGGAGGCUGGCGACAGCUGCCCGGAGACUUCGGCCGCGCCAGAAGGAGAGAGCGAGGAGACCGCCCCGCUGAGUGCCUCGGGGGCAGGUGAUGUCCCUCGCCGGCGCAUCGCCACGCAGGAGGAGGUGCGGUUCCCGCUGCAGCACGGGUGGAGGCGGGAGGUUCGGAUCAAGAAGGGGAACCAUCGCUGGCAGGGCGAGACCUGGUACUACGGCCCCUGCGGGAAGAGGAUGAAGCAGUUCCCGGAGGUGAUCAAGUACCUGAGCAGGAACAUGGUGCAGGAUGUCCGGCGCGAGCACUUCAGCUUCAGCCCCCGCAUGCCCGUGGGAGACUUCUACGAGGAGCGGGACACGCCUGAGGGUGUGCAGUGGGUGAAGCUGAGCCCCGAGGAGAUCCCGGGGCGCAUCCAGGCCAUCACGGGCAAGCGCGGCCGGCCCCGCAACGCCGAGAAAGCCAAACCCAAGGAGCCCCCGGCCACCAAACGGGGCCGGGGCCGCCCUCCCAAGGUCAGGAUGGUGGAUUUGCUGAGCAAGACGGACGCGCGGCUGCUGAAGAGGCUGGAAGCACAAGAGGUGCUCAGCGAGGAGGACAAGUUGAAAAUGAGCAAGAUCAAGAAGAAAAUGAGGCGGAAGGCCAAGAACAAGCAGAAGCAAGAGGCCAAAGCCCCCAGGGCCAAGGAGGUCAAGAAGAAAUCCAAGGCCAAGGAGAAGAAGGGGAAGCCAGAGAAGGGCAAGGACAAGGCCCGGCCCAAGGAGAAGAAGGGCAAGGGGGCUCGGAAGGCGGACAAGGGGCUGCUGGCCCAGCGGCGCCUGGAGGAGCGGCAGCGGCAGCAGCUCAUCCUGGAGGAGAUGAAGAAGCCCACGGAGGACAUGUGCCUGGGGGACCACCAGCCCCUUCCAGCCUUCUCCCGCAUCCCGGGGCUCGUCCUGCCCAGCCGCGCCUUCUCCGACUGCCUGACGGUGGUGGAGUUCCUGCAGAGCUACGGGAAGGUGCUGGGGCUGGAGCCGGCUCGGGACGUGCCCACGCUGGGCGCGCUGCAGGAGGGGCUGCUGGGGGUGGCCCCCGGCGCGGGGCAGCUGCAGGACCUGCUGGUGAGGCUGCUGCAGGCAGCGCUCUGCGACCCCGGGCUGCCACCCUACUGCCAGUCCCUGAAGAUCCUGGGGGAGAAAGUGUCGGAGAUCAGCCUGAACCGCGAGACGGUGUCGGAGGUGCUGCGCUGCUUCCUGACGGCGCACGGGGCGGGCGCGGAGCUGUGCGAGGGGCUGCGCACAAAACCCUUCCAGGCGCUGCCCCCCGAGCGCAAAGCCGCCAUCCUCGUCUUCCUCGUCAACGAGCUCAACAGCAGCGCCCUCAUCAUCAGCGAGAUCGACAAGACCCUGGAGAACAUGUCCAACUACAGGAAGAACAAGUGGAUCAUCGAGGGCCGGCUCCGCAGGCUGAAGGUGGCCCUGGCCAAGAGAACGGGCCGGCCCGAGUCGGAGAUCACGGGGCUGGAGGACGGGCGGCGGCGGCGCAGCUCCCGCCUGACCGAGGACACGGGGCUGGAGAUGGAGGAGGAGGAGGAGACCCGGGGACGGAAAUCACGCCGGGAGGAGGAGGUGGACACGUCCACGUCCAGCGUCCCGGAGCUGGAGCGGCAGAUCGAGAAGCUGGCCAAGAGGCAGAUGUUCUUCCGCAAGAAGCUGCUCCAUUCCUCCCAGACCCUGCGUGCAGCCUCCCUGGGCCAGGACCGCUUCCGGCGGCGCUACUGGGUCCUGCCCCACCUGGGCGGCAUCUUCGUGGAGGGCGCCGAGGCAGCUGAGCCGGUGGCUCAGGAGCCCCCGGAGGAGAAGGUGUCCCUGGUGAAGGAGGAGCCGGCGGCCGUGCCCGUCGCCAGCCGGACCAGCUGCCCGGCCUCGGCCUCGCGCGCCCGCGGGCGGCCCCGCAAGAGCAAAGAGGAGCUGGCCCAGCACUGCGGACCCUGCCCCGCCCCGGUCAACGGGGUCCUGGAGGAGCCAGAGCCCCUGGGGCAGAGCCAGCACGACCUCAGCCAGUCAGCCUUCCUGUCCUGGCUGAGCCAGACCCAGUCCUCCCUGCUCAAGGACUCCGUCCUCACCCCGGCCAGCAGCCCCGGCAAGGGGGACACGGGGCUCCCGCCGCCCGAGGCCCCCUCGGACCCCAUGGAGGAGGAAGAGGAGGAGGAGGAGGAGGAGGAGGAGAGAGCCCCGGAGGCCGUGGCGAAGCGGGGGCCCUGGUUCAACCUGCUGCCCCGCACGCCCUGUGACGACCGAGCCCCCCUCGCUACCUCCUCGGCCGAGCCCUCGCCGCGAGCCCCCGCAGCCCCCCGCAGCCAGAGCCGUGGGGAGCCCCCCAAGGGCCCGGCACGGCAGCUGAACGGCCUCCCCGCAGACGACCCCACGGCUCCCCUGCUCGCCUCCACGCCGGUGCACGCCGGCCCCAGGGCCCACGGCGCCUGCCCCCGCAGCCAGGGCAGCCUGGAAAAGCUCCAGGACGUGCCGGGACAACCCAAGCGCCGAGGGAGACCCCCCACCAAAUUCUUCAAGCAGAUGGAGCAGAAGUACCUGACGCAGCUGACGGAGCAGCCGGUGCCCAGCGAGAUGCAGAGCGGCUGGUGGUGGCUGCGGGACCCCGAGGAGCUGGAGGCCGUGGCGCGGGCGCUGCACCCGCGCGGCAUCCGGGAGAAGGCGCUGCACAAGCACCUCACCAAGCACAAGGAGUUCCUGCGCGAGGUUUGCCUCCGGAACACCACCGACCCCAUCUUCCACCCGCGCCCGGAGUCGGCCGCUGCCGCGGUGUCUCAGGAAGCCCUGGCGCAGUGGUCAGUGCCGGACAGAGCCUACGAGACCGACCUGGGGGUCCUGCAGUGGGUGGAGGAGCUGGAGCAGCGCGUCCUCAUGGCCGACCUGCAGAUCCGGGGCUGGACGUGCCCCAGCCCGGACUCGACGCGGGACGACCUGCGGUACUGCGAGCACAAAGUGGAGCCGCUGGAGGACAUCACGGUGCGGAGCCGGCGGGACCGGGACGGGCUCCCCCUGCGCCGGGAGCUCACCAACCCCCUGGACCUGGCCGUGCUGCGGCUGGCGGCGCUGGAGCAGAACCUGGAGCGCCGCUACCUGAAGGAGCCGCUGUGGCCUCUGCACGAGGUGGUGGUGGAGAAAGCGGUGCUGAGCGGCCCCGAGGAGCCGAGCCUGGGCCCCACCGAGAUCUCGUACGAGAUCACGCCGCGGGUGCGGACGUGGCGGCAGACGCUGGAGCGGUGCCGCAGCGCGGCCCAGGUGUCCCUGUGCAUCUUCCAGCUGGAGAAAUCCAUCGCCUGGGAGAAGUCUGUGAACAGAGUGACCUGCCUGGUUUGCCGGCGAGGGGACGAUGACGAGCACCUGCUGCUGUGCGACGGCUGCGACCGCGGCUGCCACCUCUACUGCCACCGGCCCCGCAUGACCGAGGUGCCCGAGGGCGACUGGUUCUGCUCGGUCUGCGUGGCACGGGCAGGGCAGUACCGGGACCCCGUCUCUCCCCGGCGGGGCAAGAAGCGGAAACGGGGCCGUGCGGUGGCGGGGAGCCCCGGCGAGGAGGAGCCGAGCCCGCGGCGCCGCGCGGCCCCACGGCGCCGGGAGGGGCUGCCCGCGGCCCCCCGGUACCCGGGGGAGGCUCUGGCCCCAGCCCGGCGGAGGAGCUCGGCCCUGCGGGGCCAGCCCAGCGACCUGACCUUCUGCGAGAUCAUCCUGAUGGAGAUGGAGUCGCACGAGGACGCCUGGCCCUUCCUGGAGCCCGUGAACCCCCGGCUGGUCCCCGGCUACCGCAAGAUCAUCAAGAACCCCAUGGACUUCGCCACCAUGCGCACGAGGCUGCUGCGGGGCGGGUACUCGAGCUCGGCGGAGUUCGCUGCCGACGCCCUUUUGGUGUUCGACAACUGCCAGACCUUCAACGAGGACGACUCGGCCGUGGGCCGCGCCGGCCACGCCAUGCGCCGGUUCUUCCAGAGCCGGUGGGAGGAAUUUUAUCAGGGAAAACACGCUCCGAACCCGUGAGUGGGGGGCUGCUGCCGCCCCCCCCUCCCCGGGGCUGGGGGGGGGGGUCUCCCCACGAACUGCCUCCUCUGGAGCUGCUCUCGCUGCCUGCUGAUCCCACACGGGGGGUCUUGCCCCCCACAAACCCCCCACCCAUCCUAAAAAAACCCUCUGGCAGCGUGAACGGGCCCCCCCCCUAAACCCCCCCAGUC